UUAUUUUCAUUAGUCGUUUAGUCGCGCUUGUUGCCUAGUGGAGUUUGUAUACGUUCGUGCGUUCGUAAACAAAAUUGUGUGUGACCCUAACUUGUGUAGUUUGUGUUCGAAGUGUGUUCAAAAUGGGGUGUGGAAUUAGUUUUGUGAAAUACGUGCUCUUCUUCUUCAAUUUGAUUGUCGCGCUCCUCGGACUCGCAGUAGUCGGCAUCGGUGUAGCGGUGCUGCUGAACUGGACUGCCUUCAAGAGCGAGCUCGAAGGUCACAUCACGGUUGCACCCUGGGUGUUCAUCGUGAUCGGAGCGAUCAUGUUCGUGAUUGCCUUUUUCGGCUGUUGUGGAGCGAUAAGGGAGAGCCACUGUAUGGUUGUAACGUACGCCGUCUUCCUUUUGGUCAUCAUCAUCGUUCAAGUCGCUCUGGGCGUACUUUUGUUCGCCUACCAGCAGAACUUGAAGGAAGCCCUUGUCAAGUCAGUGGACACACUGUUUGAAAAGUCCAGAAGUGAUGCUGCCUCAAAGACCGUCUUCAACAACCUUGAGCAACAGUUGGAAUGCUGCGGAAAAUACAGUGCGGCUGAUUACGCUUUCCUGGUCCCCAAGAGUUGUUGUUCCAAGCUGGGUGUAACUGGACAACUUCUUGGUGAAACCUGUACGAUCGCUGAUGCCAACUCCACAGGCUGCUCGACUAAAGUCGGAGAGAUUUAUGAGAAGUGGAGUAAGGUCAUCGCUGGCAUUGCUAUUGGUCUGGCCUGUGUUGAGGUGGUCGGAGCGCUAUUCUCUUUGUGCCUCGCGAACUCAAUCAGAAACAUGGACAGAAGGUCUCACUACUAAUAUUUUGUACAUUAGAACUGGUACGCGUAAGCUGGCAACACCACAGAACAAAUAACGAUAUUUUAACGUACAAUUUCAUAACGAAUCGAAACCCACCUCUACAUUUUCGAAAUUGUUACCAAGUUUGAGUGUUCAAGUUUGAGGCCGAUUAUAUUUUAACGAGUUAUUUGUAUUAAACCCUUUUUACCCGAGUAAAGUUCUAUUUAAUAAGCAAAAAUGAGUGUAUGACUAGCUUUAUUCGCUCAACCAGCAGCAUUACCUAUGGUAAAAAAUCAACAAAAAUCUUUUUGAUGUUUUAAAGAUAAUUUAGUAUAUUUAAAAAUACAAAUUGUAUGUUAGUAUAGUAUAUUUUUAUAUUGACUACCUGACAUAUUUAAAUUUAUCAUUCUAAUUAAGACCAUGAUUAUUUGAGUUGACCGCUUAACGCGUUAUAUUUAAUUAAGUAAUGUUAAGUUAGUUUAUAUCUCAUGUUACAUAAGGCCUCUCAUUUAAAAAAUAUAUAUCAUGAAAAAAAAGCUAGUAUAACCAAUUCUGUUACACUUAACCUAGCAUAAACGAUCAUGACCUUGUGUCAUCAUAUCAAGUGUCAAAGUAGUUGUCAGUUGUCAUGUUCUAUGAAAUUACAGUUUGAUAUGAUUAAAGUGUUUUUAAACUGUCUUUAUAAAACAACCUAGAGCAAACAACAAAAUAGAAAUCUAUUGAAACUAUCUGAUUACACAAAUUUUGUUUGCAAAAUAAAUUCAAUAGUCACAAGAUUUAAAAAAAAUGUGCGUAAGUUGUAAAAGUAUGUUUAUGAACUUAAUUCCUAGAUCUGUAUCAGAGUCUCCAAAUUAAAAUACCACAAGGCCUUUAAUGAUUAAGUAUUUUCUAAUAUAUAACAUGUAAGUAAGUAAAUUCUUCUUCGUCCAAUUUAUAUUUGUAUGUAAAGUGUUUAUUAAAGUUUGUAUGCAUUUCAGUUUUACAGUUUGUAAAUAUGAAGAGAAAAUCUAUCAUUUGAAUCUCUUGUGCAUUUCUUAAGUAACAGCUUUUGUGAAUUUAUUGUAUUUAAUAAAACGAUAAAGAAA